GCCCGCAGCGGGCCAAUGAAAGCGCAGGGGCGGUGCGUACUGCGGGCUGUGAAGCCUGUGGAGCCGAGGCCGCGGGCUCCGGGCUCUUUGGGGCGGGGCGGGGCGGAGCCAACGAGGGCGCGCUCUGGACCGAUUGGCUACGGAUUCCGGGGCGGGGCUUCUGAAGGCGCGCUCCGGGCCUUUUGGGGCGGUGCGGGGGCGCUGCUGAGGACGGCGCCCGUCGCACGGACAGUCAUGGAAGAAACCGGUGGCGGAUUCCGGAAAGAACUAGUGAGGAGGCUACUGCACCUGCACUUUGAGGACGCCAAGACCAGAGUCAGCGGGGAUGCGCUGCAGCUGGUGACGGAGUUGCUCAAGAUCUUCGUUGUGGAAGCAGCCAUCCGGGGCGUCCGGCAGGCCCAGGCAGAGGACCUAGCCCGUGUGGACGUGGACCAGCUGGAGAAGGUGCUGCCGCAGCUGGAGUCUCCACCCUUGCCGCAACCACCUGCCCAGGCCACAGCCAGUCCCCAUGUCCGCACUGUCUCCUGGGACCUCGGCCUUAGGGGGAAGGAGUUGUACGUCUUGAGCCUUUCCUCCAGCCCCGAAGGCCAGGCCAGCUUCCAGCAGACGCUCUGCCCUGCUGACGGCCGGACACAGGUGGGGGGAACUGAGGGGUGGGGUCUGGUGUGGGAGAAGCACUGGUACCAUGCCCGCUGCCCGAGCAGGUGGCCCAUCUCCUACAGGUGGAGCUGCACAGCCUGCCACCCCAACGUCAAAGCUGCUGUAUAACCUUUGAACCGCUGGUUGUUCCCCUCAGAAGGUGCUUUCCUGAACCAUAAAUUUGUGUUCACAGAGCGACACCAAUAAAUCAAAGCUGCCUCUCCCAAG